AUGAUGGCUCGCACACGGAGGGGAGUCAAGUUUCCCCACAAGGCAAACGGCCAUGUCGGUGCGGAUGGACGCCGCUCUAGCUUCAGCGACGUCAGCGAAGAUGGUUCCCAAUCAAAGGGCAAGUCUGGCGCUGCCCUGCAAAAUAUCGCCGAGCAGCAACCUCAAUCACCCGAAGAGGAGAAGCGAGCCGAGUACGAGAAGAAGAAGGCCAACUUCCUAACCCGUACAUUCUGGACCUUUGUCAUGUUCGCCGGCUUUUUCACUGCCCUCUUCAUGGGCCAUAUCUACAUUAUCUGCAUCAUCACCGCUAUCCAAAUCAUCUCGUUCAAGGAGGUCAUUGCCAUUGCCAAUGUCCCCAGCCGCGCUCGUCAGUUGCGCUCCUCCAAGAGCCUCAACUGGUACUGGCUGGCUACCACCAUGUACUUCCUGUACGGCGAAACCGUUAUUUACUACUUUAAGCACAUUGUGUUGGUCGACAAGGUCCUACUUCCCUUGGCCACCCACCAUCGCUUCAUUAGUUUCAUCCUGUAUAUCUUCGGCUUCGUCUUUUUCGUCACCUCCCUCCAGGCUGGUCACUACAAGUUCCAGUUCACUCAGUUCGCCUGGACGCAUAUGGCGCUAUACCUUAUUGUCGUCCAAGCCCACUUCAUCAUGAACAACGUCUUCGAGGGCAUGAUCUGGUUCUUCCUCCCUGCCGCUAUGGUUAUUACGAACGAUAUCUGGGCCUACAUUGUGGGAAUCACCUUUGGCCGCACUCAGCUGAUCAAGCUCUCCCCCAAGAAGACGGUCGAGGGUUUCGUUGGCGCUUGGAUUAUGACCAUCAUCUUCGGCAUGCUUCUUACCAGCCUGCUGAUGCGCUCCGAUUUCUUCCUCUGCCCCGUUACUGAUCUCGGCGCAAACAUCUUCACCGGCCUCGAGUGCACACGAAACCCCGUCUUCAACCCAAAGACCUAUACCCUUCCUCCUCUGUUCUUCUUGCCGCCCAACAUGCAACAGAGCCUCUCCUUGACGGUGGCCCCUGUUCAGUUCCACACCCUGGUUCUGGCGACCUUUGCUUCGCUUAUCGCUCCUUUCGGUGGCUUCUUCGCUUCCGGGCUGAAGCGCACCUUUAAGAUCAAGGACUUUGGCGAUUCUAUUCCCGGCCACGGUGGUAUGACUGACCGCAUGGAUUGCCAGUUUAUCAUGGGUUUCUUCACCUACAUGUACUACCAUUCCUUCAUUGCCAUUAACAAGGUCAACCUCGGCAGCGUCAUGGAGAUGGCCGUAACAGGUUUGACUGUUGAGGAGCAAUUGGAGUUGGUGAGGGGCAUGGGACGUUAUCUCAGCAACCAGGGCGUUUGGGGUGAUGAGAUUAUUCAGUGCUUGGAUAAGGCCGCGCAGCUUAAGCGGUGA